GGGGGUUUGUUGGGAUCUGCUGAAUGGCACCUCCAGCGGCAUCUUGUCGGUGUUGGCGGUCAUUUCUUGUUCGACUUACUGGUGGACAGCUCAACGGCAAGCGUUUUUCAAAUGCACAGGUUUUGCGACGCUCAAUAUUGCCCUAUCGAAAUCUUUCCUCGUUCCCUGUCCACAAACCUCGAGAAGUGGACGUUCCCUCCCCAGUAAAAACAGCGCAAGUGAAACCCAGUUUGCCCAUGUCUGGUUCGCAGUCCCGAAAUCCCCCCAGGUCUGCGCCGUGGGUUGUGGGCGAGUACUCCCACUUACCACCGCUCGACGCCUUGUCGCAGGAGAUCAACGAUUUCAUGAAAUACAUGUCGUCUUGCGAACGACUCCAAGCUGUCAGAGAAUCAGUCAUAGAUGUAUAUAGAAACAUUGUCCAAGGGUCCUUGAGUGGAAACGUAGAUGUUGCGUGCUUUGGCAGUUCUGCCACCGGCCUGUGCUUGCCAACAGCUGAUCUGGAUUUAGUGAUUAUCGGCAACGAACGGGUGAAAGACGGGGAUGGCACAACUAAUGUAAAGCAAACCGAGGAAGGCCGCCAAAAAGCGAUCAAACAACUUCGCCGAGUACUGCGACAUAUUAGGAAUGGCAGAGGGCUCGCUACAAAAACCUUUCUCAUCCGUGCGAAAGGAAUGCCAAUCAUCAAAUUUAUUGAUGUGCCCACGGGUCUGUCUGUGGAUAUCUCGUAUUCUCCCUUCAACUUGCCGUCUGCUGAUGGAGUCGCCCAUCUGGAAUAUGUGAAGACAUCGGUGCAAGACGAAAGAAUUCGCGCGAUAGUGAUUUUCCUUAAAUACCUAUUGUACCAAAAUAAGCUCGAUUCGCCCUCCUCCGGCGGAUUGGGCGGCUUUGCGACCUUAUGCUGGGUCGAUGCUUUUGUAAAGGCGUGGGACAAAUCAAUCUCGGAUCCGCUUCCGUCAGAAACAGAAGUCGGAAAAAAAGACGCUGGCCCAAGCUUGAUGCAGUUUCUCAAACUGUACGCUACACAUUCUGACGAGACCCCCGCAAUCGAUGUGCCCGCGGUCAAGUACACGGCAAAAUCUCUCACGAUUUUGGAUCCUGUCAUGCCGCAGAACAAUGUGGCAAAGGCUUUCAAUCAACAUGCAAAACUUCAGGCACUCUUUCAGAGUACCUAUACCAGGUUGGCUCGUUUCGUGUAUGAUAGCCCUCGGAAGAAAAAUACUGGAGUACCGGAUGAUGGCAUAUUGCGGCAUGUUGUCCAGCUACACAAGGCAGACUUGGAUCAUAGAUCUAGGUUGGAGAGGAUGGGGGCGAAUCUCCUAAGAAACCCUCGUUCGCGACCAAUCCUAUCGGUUGGUCAAUCACGAAAGAGUGGGAACACUAUGAAAUUCCAAACAGGCAAGAAUAAGCGAGAUAACUCAUGGAAUGUCGCGCAAAGAAAGAUGGAAAGAUCUUCCCCUAGCAUCCAAAGUUCGACCAAAUCCGCUGCAACAGAUGAUUUGAGGGGGAGAUUGAACCAAGCUCCUCCACAAAGCAGCAAACGGCGUGAUAGAGAGGAACAUGAUAGUUCCAAUAAGAAGAGGAAACACAAGUAGAGUCGCUUGGUAGCAUGCAUUCUUCUCGCCUUUGAUACAAAGCUGUCGAGGGGAGCGCCCAAGGGGAGUCAACACGCAGAGGGAGGUCAAAAGACAACAGGACGAUGAAAAGCAAGCUGGCUAGCCGUACACAAUAGGAAGAUAUCGACCGACGAUGCGAUGGCUGGGUGUUUGCAGAUACGCUUUCAUUGUUAGCUGUACCCAGUUGUGGGCUGACUCGCCUGUCCCCGUCCUGCCGAUUACAUAGAAUCAUUGUACAUAGUUCAAUACGAGAAAAGGGACCUAUACUGAGAGGAGGCGAUCCUUUCUCCCAGCAUCCGUGUUCCACGGGUAUCCGCAGG